AUGGCUGACUCAGACGCCAGCGCGGACACAGAUGCGUCCAUUGGGCGCAAGAGGACUGCUCCGCGUCCUCCGUUGGCGGGCUCUACUGGCUCGGAAACGGAGACGGAUGAGCGAGUCCGCGCCAAGGAGAACAAGGCGCGUAGGGGUAGGCCCAUUGGGUCAGGGAGUGGCACGGUUCUUACCCGGGCGCGCGCGGAUCUGCGCAGGAUGGAGGCUGAGGCCAGGGAGGCGGAAUUUGAGCGCGCGCUUGAGGCGCGCGCUUUUCGUAAAAAGACGGGCAAGGCAGACAAGGCAGUCUUUGAGUUUGGCUCAGACCUGUCUGCCCCUGAGAGCCGGGAGGAUGCAAACGCUGCUAUGGAUGUGCAGGGCCUGCGGGCAGAGGCAGGGCGAAAGCUGUCUCACUGCUGGGCCUCCUUUCAAUAUGAGGGGUCUCUAUCAGAUCAAGGUAUCAAUACACUUGGUUUCCAGAUGAGCGCGUUAACGCUUGGCUGCCACAACCAU